AUGGCUUGCACAGGGAAGGGCAGGGGCCUAGGCGGCCCCCCCGUGCUGGCUAGCAGCAGCAGCCGCCGCAGCAGCAGCCGCCGCAGCAGCAGCAGCAGCAGCAGCAAGCUGGCAGGCGGCGUGGGCGAAGCCUUGCUGCAGGGGAUUGUCUCUGACGAUUUGUUUUUAAAUCUUCUUUCCCACGGAGCUGCUGAGGAAGAAGAAGACUGCUCUCUGUCUCCCCCGCCCUCGCUGCACUCUUUUAUGAGCGACGAGGCGGCGCUGCUGCAGCACGACCUAGACGUCCUCACUGCAGCGCAGCAGCAGCAGCAGCAGCAGCAGCAGCAGCAGCAAGGCUUCCUCGGGCCUGCUGCAGCAGACUGCGAAGAGGCCCUCGACGUCAGCCGCGUGCGGCGACUAGUGGAGGACUACUGCGUGCGGUUCAGCUGUCUGUACACCCCAGGCCUGGCGCUGAUUGCUGCUGCAGUCAGCUGCCUCGCGGUGUUUAAAGGAGCAGCAGCAAAAAGGCGCUGCGAGCUGCUGCAUGCUGCUGUGCUGCAGUUGGCGUCUCCUGCGCUGCUGCUGCUGCUGCGGACCAAGGCAGAAGACCUGCCCCACAGCAGCAGCAGCAGCAGCAACGGCGUCGAAGCAGCAGCUGCUUCUGCCUUCGAACAGCAGCAGCAGCAGCAGCAGCAGCAGCAAGACCCGCUCGAAUACCCUCCGGUGUCUCGUGCUUUUGCUGCUGCGGUGUACAGGCAGCGCUUGCAGCAAGAACAGCAGCAACUGAAGGGACAGCAGCAGCAGCAGGAGGAGCAGCAGGAGCAGCAGGAGCAGCAGGAGCAGCAGGAGCAGCAGUUAGCAAACGGGCAGCAAGCAGCAGCUCCCGGUGCAGCAACAGCAGCAGCCUCGGCAGCAGCAGCAGCAGCAGCCCCGGGUGCGGUCCCAGCAGCAGCAGCAGCAGCAGCAACAGCAGCAGCUGGGUCCUCCCGGCGUACUUCUUGCAGCAGCAAAAGCGACGAACUAGAAGACGUGCUGCUGGAUGAUGACCCUCCCCCAGCAGCAGCAGCAGCAGCAGCAGCAGCAGCAGCACACCCCUUGGGCAGCAGCGGUGGUUCCUGCUUCUCGUCUGUAGUGGCUGCUUUGCGGUCAGAUGAGCAGCAGCUGCAGCAGCUAGAGCAGCAGCGGCAGCAGCAGCGGGCUGAGAUGGAGCUGCAACUUUGGAGUUUGCUGCAGUACCACUACCCAGCGUUGGCGGGGCAGCUGCAGCAGCAGCAGCAGCAGCAGCAGCAGCAGCGGCAGCAGGGUCUCUCGCUGCUGCCGCUGGCAGCACACUGGCUGGGCACGGGCUUCGCUGCGCGCUGCUUCAUCACCAAGGCUCCCACAGAAACAGCAGCAGCAGCAGCAGCAGCAGCAGCAGCAGCAACUGCUGCUGCUGCUGCUGCUGAAGAAGAAGAAACUCUGGAAGAGAAGCUGCAGUGUCUCGACACCUUGUGGCGCCACCUCGCCCUCAUCAAAGAACCCCACGCGGGGCUCAUGCUGGUGGUGGCUCUCAUCAUUGCUAACGGGCCUUCGCUGCGCUGCUGCUCUUCUGCUGCUGAGCUGCUGUCGUUUCUGCACUUUGGCGCAAAGCUUCGCUUCCCUGCUGCUGCUGCUGCUGCUGCUGCUGCUGCAGGCGCAGGCGCCACUGCAGCAGCAGCAGCAGCACAGCAGCCUGUGGCCGCUCCAGCGACUGCUGCUGACUCCGCUGCAGCCGAAAAGGCUGCUGCGGACGCAGCAGCAGCAGCAGCAAAGACGCCCCAGCGGGGAGCAGCAGCAGCAAGAGCCUGGUGGCAGCAGGCGGCGCUUUUAGGUGUACGUACACCUGACUGUCUUCUCAACUUCAGCCUGCAGUCUUCCAGAGGCCCCAGAGACAAAACAGAAUUUGUGCUGCUCGACUGCCGCACCUUCGAAGCUGUGCAUGCAGCACAAAGCCGCCGCAUCCGUGGGGCCAUGCCAGUGAGCGGGGACAUGCUGCUGUCCUACAGCAAGAAGCAGCAGCAGCAGCAGCAGCAGCAGCAGCAGCAGCAGCAGCAGCAGCGGCAGCAGGACGAUAGAGAGGCGCGGGAGCUCGAGGGCCUUCUCCUUUGCUGCGAAAUCGUCAGGGGGAAGGCCAUCUGCUUGUUGGGCAGCGCAGCAGACCCCAGCAGCGGCUGCGGCUCGCCAGCAGCAGCAGCAGCAGCAGCAGCAGCAGCAGAAGGGUCAGAAGGUGACCCUGCUGCUGUGCUUUCUGGGCUGCUGCUGCAGCAGUUUUUCCCGCGCGUCAGCAUUCUCAGCGAAGGCUGGGAGGGCCUGUGCAGGGCGAUGGAGGCGCAGCAGCUGUGUGAGCGCCUCCUCACAGAAGACAACGGCUUCUCGCCGGCAAAGGGCUCGGGCAGCUCAGCAGCAGCAGCAGCAGCAGCAGCGCUGCAGAACUGGAAAGACAGAGCCAGGGAGACAGCAGCAAAGCUUGUCGCCUCCUCGGCAGGCCACACGCAGCAGAUCGGCAGCACACUGACACGCUGCCCUGCAGGCCACAAAGGGCGUGUCGAUUUCGGCAGCAGCCUCCGUGGGGUGCUGCACACUGCAGCAGGUGCAGCAGCAACAGCAGCAGCUGCUGCAGCAGGAUCGCCCUCCGGGAAAGUUUCGGAGCCCGCUUUAGGCCCUGACGGCCAGCCAACCGAGCAGCAGCAGCAGCAGGAUCCAAAGCAAUUGCAGCAGGAGCAGCAGCAGCAGCAGCAGCAGCAGCAAGGCUUCAGGCGAACCAGCUCUGUGGCCAGCACCAUGACUGCAGCAUCAAGUCUUCUUUCCUCUUUGCUUAGUCGAGGAGCUUCUGGAGGUCCUGAGGCUCUCAAGGUGCCAGCAGAAGCAGCAGCAGGUGCAGCAGCAGAAGCAGCAGCAGCAGCAGAUGCAGCGGCAGAUGCAGCAGCAGGAGCAGCGGGGCCUUCUGGCAGGCAAGCGUGCAGGGCAUGGGAUAGCCCCAGCGCCAGCAGCAGCACAGCAGCAGGAACUGACCAAUCCUCACCAGCAGCAGCAGCAGCAGCAGCUGCUGCUGCUGCUGCUGCUGCUGCUGAUGGAUCCUCCCCGGGGGUGUCGCGCGGCGAGGCGCUGCAGACGCUGCUGUCACAAAAGCUGCAGCAAGCCCGGCGGUCUUCUUCGCUGAAGUUGGCAUCAAUAAGUUGUUCUUUGAAAGGACUUUCUUUAAAACAAAACCUGUCGAAGCAGCAGCAGCAGCAGCAGCAGCAGCAGGACGGCGGCGCGCUGGGGGCGCAGCAGCAAAGCGACACAGCACUCUCGUCGGACCAAGAAACUGCAGCAGCAGCAGCAGCAGACACGCCAGCUGUGCAGCAGCAGCACCAAAACCACCACGAUGAGGCUUUUGAGGGCCCCAGAACCGCUGUAGAUAUUUGCGGAUUCCCUCACCGGCAGCAGGGAGGAUUGGCUUCUUCAGUUUUCGCGAUUGGCGACAGCGACCAAGAGGAUUCACCUCGAAGUUCGGAAGGCCUGGCGCUGCCCCUAGUAGAAAGAGUGGCCCCAGAUGCUGCAGGGGGAGAUAUGCUGAAGCUGCUGCAGCGGUAUCAGUCGUUUAUCGAGGAAGUGCAAAGCCUUGAAAAGGGCUCAGUGUGCGACUUGAUGGAAAUUCAGCGGAACAUAGGCGACGUGCAACUGCUGCUUGAUGCUGGUUUGCUGCACUUGCUGCUGCAUGGAGCCCUGGCCGCUGCUGCUCGCUUCCCCGCUGCUUCUGCUGCUGCUGCUGCUGGGGUCCGUGGCAGCCGCUUCUCGAUGCUGCUCUGCUGCAGAAACCGGCGGUUCCCGUUCCUCCGUGAACGGCCCACGGCGGAGACAGCAGCAGCACGUGCUGCUGCGGUUGUUCCUGCUGCUGCUGCUGUUGCUGUAGAGAUUCCGUGGCUGCAAGAUGGCUACUGCUCGGAUUCAAUGGCGCCCUGCACAGUGAGGAGCUUCUCCUUCGAAGUUGCUGCAGCAGCGGCGGCAGACGCGGACUGCGGCGACCACUACCACCAGCAGCACCGCAGCAGCAGCAGCAGCAGCGACCCACAGCAGCAGCAGCAGCAGCAGCAGCAGCAGCAGCAGCGCCGCGUGGUGCCUCUGAUCUCCUUCGGCGAAUGCGACCUCACUUUCAACCACGUGGGCCCCCUCCACAACUCGAGGCUCAUGAGGGCCUACAGCGUUGGCUGCGGCCCGGAAGUGCAGCAGUUCCUGAGGCUGCUGAAGUACUGGGUGAAAAGGAGAGACGUAGGUGACGGGGCUAAGGGCUUCACUAACAGCUACUCCUGGCAGCUGGCAGGGGUCUAUUUCCUGCAGCGUUGUCUCUUUCAGCCGCAGCAGCAGCAGCUGGAGCUGCUGCCGGAGCAGAAGCAGCAGCAGUUGAAUUGCUCUCCCGACCAGCAAGGGACUUGGCAGCAGCUGCUCGACAUUUACUGGGCCCUGGGGGACCCCACGUGGUUGCCUCUGCUUCCGAAUUUCCAGCUGCGACUGCCGCAGCACGAGCAGGAGGAGGAGCAGCAGCAGCAGCACGCGGGGGAGCAGCAGCAGCAGCAGCAGCAGCAGCAGCAGAAACGCUGCUCCGCGUGCGGGGGCUUAGUCCCAUACCCUUUGAAUGCCCUGCCGGAGGACUCUGCGUCAGAUGUCUAUUUUUUUGACCCGGAGAGGGGACUCAACAGGCCUUUGUCUUCCACUUACGUUUCUGUGGCGCGGAGCGAUAGCAGCAACAGCAGCGACGGCAGCAGCAGCAGCAGCAGCAGCAGCGACGGCAGCAACAGCGAUAUGUGCCGGUGUGGCCCUUGGAGCGGCUGCGGCGGCUCCAAGUGGCCCGAGGACCUGGAGGGUUUGUCGACCGAGGCUUACAGCCGGCACUUGCUGAUGGCGAGCGCAGCAGCAGCAGCAGCAGCAGCAACUGCUGCAGCGUUUCGCAUGAGCGGCUACGGCCACGGCCUGGGGCAGCUGCCCUCAGCAGCAGCAGCUGCACAAACCCUCCAAAAGAUCAGGCAGGCCUCUAAGGCCAUUGUCUUUGCCCACCCGGAGCUUCCGGCCAGCCCCAACUCCCCAGAGCUGCGGAAGCAGCUUGCUGCUGUCUUGGGGGCUGUUGUGCUGCUGCAGGGCCCGAGGCCGCGGCUGCUGGAUCUGCUGCGGGCGUUUUUCAGGUUUUACACGGUGCAGUUCAACGGCGCGAGCUUCACGCUGAACAUCAAGGACUUGUCGCUGUUUCCCACUGCGAAGGCGGAGCAGUUCAGCUCGCGGCCUUUUCCCAAGUCUUCGCUGCCGUGGCCGCAGACGGCCUGGCGCGACUCCGCAGCAGCGCCUGAGGGCUCUGCAGCAGAAGACGAAAGCUUCGAGGCUUUGCUGGCCAACGGCAGAUCCGCGAGGUGGCUCGGCAGGCGCCUUUUCUUGACGAUCAUCGACCCCUUCGAGCCCCACAGAGUCCUCGGCUGCCAGGACCACACGGACUCCAUCACUGCCACAGAGCUGCUGCGGGCGCUCCUCAUCACGAGCAGCGGCAACUUGGAAGUGGAGGCAGCGGGGCGGCGGGGGCUGCCGCUGGGGGCUCUUUUUGACAGUUACACGUGGGAGCAGCAGGGCCACAGGGGCAAGGAGCAGCAGCAGCAGCAACAGGAGCAGCAGGCCACUCAGAAGGAACAGCAGUCCAAGAAAAAGGAAGGAAACCGCCACAGAAUGUACUCCAGAGAGCUGCUGCAGAGAUCCCGCCAAAUCCUCACCUACAGCCAGGGCCCCCGCCCUCGCAGCUGGUGUUGGCAGUCGCCGCCCGGCGGCUGGCAGGGCACGCUGCAGAACAUCCACAUGCUGCUGCAGCAGCAGAAGCAGCAGCAGCAGCAGCGCCUUCUGCUGCAGCAAAGAAGAAAGGCGCAAGAAGACAAACUUGCGCUUCUCAGGCAAAUGGCAAUACAGGAACGGGCACUCAGGUAG